AUGGCAGUUUGGCAGAAUGGCAGUUAUGGAAAUGAGACCAUCAUGACAAUCCAUAAUCUAAUAGCUAUCAUAGAAGGGAAGGAAGAGCCUGACAGAUAUGUUAUUGUCGGCAACCAUUAUGAUGCAUGGACAUUUGGCGCAGUUGACCCAAAUAGUGGAACUGCUGCUCUUUUAGAGGUUGCCCAAAGAUUGGCCAAGCUGCAAAAAGAAGGAUGGAAACCUCGUAGAACCAUUAUAUUGUGUAGUUGGGAUGCAGAAGAGCAUCACUUGAUUGGUUCAACGGAAUGGGUUGAAGAUAACAGAGAGAUUUUAGCCUCAAGAGCUGUAGCUUAUCUUAACAUGGACUAUGCAGUAUCUAAUCAUGGAUUCCAUGCUUCCUCAACCCCACAACUUGAUGAACUUCUCAAAAAGGCAGCAAAAAUGGUUCAAGAUCCAGACAAUUCGUCGCAGACUCUAUUUGAAUCUUGGGUUGCUAGUGAUUCUCCUCUGAUAAGGAGGUUAGGUGGUGGUGGAUCCGAUUAUGAGGCUUUUGUUCAGCAUGUUGGUAUCCCUUCAGUUGAUAUGAGAUUUGGAAGAGAUUAUCCCGUGUACCACUCCAUGUAUGAUGACUUCUUAUGGAUGCAAAAAUUUGGAGAUCCGUUGUUUCAUAGGCAUGUGGCAGCUGCAAACAUUUUGGGUCUAGUGGCUUUAAAGUUGGCAGAUGAGGUGUUAUUGCCUUUUGAUUACAUGUCCUAUGCAUAUGAGCUCCAGAAAAGCUUAAAGGUGUUGGAAAAUAAGUUGCUAGGAAAGCCAGUGAGUUUGGUGCCAUUACAUGAGUCUAUACAAAAAUUCAGAGAGGCAGCUUCCAACGUAGAGAACCAGAGGAAGGAAUUGGAAGACAAGGCUUUAUUUUCAAAGUGGAUGAAUGACCCAAUUAAAAUUCGAGAACUCAAUGAUAGGUUGAUGUUGACAGAAAGGGCAUUUACGGAUCAAGAUGGUCUCUUUGGAAGGCCUUGGUUCAAACAUUUGCAACUGACAUCCGAGAUUGGGUUUGAAUCUAAGGAAGAACGAUGA